GGCCAACAUUCAUUUCUGAGGAAAAAACCCAAAAGGCCAUAAAGAGGCAUGAAAUGCCAGGCCCUGGCUGGAAAAUCUUCAAAAUAAGAACACUCUUUGAAAAAGUAGAUGACUUCAGUAAGGCAAGGCAAAAGCUGAAGGACUACAACAGAAAUGGAACGACAGUCCUCCAGUCAGAGGAUGAGAGCUCAAUGGCAAAAAGGAGAAGAAAAGCGACACAUUACCCAGGAUUUGAAAACGGCAGUACUGACUCUGAAACUGAGAAGACUCCAAAAAGAAGACCAGAUUCUCGGCCUCGGCCUCAACCACUCGCUAUUAGCGCUACCCUUCCUAGUCUCCCUCCAGCCCCCCUCUUGGACAUCGCAGUGGACAUGGGUCAGGAGUCUCUGGACAACACAGGACAGGAAACCUUUACAGACAUAAGCUGGAAUGUGAGGAGGGAGUCAGACCCCUUCAAUGUAAUCAAUAGCUCAGCGCACCAGUCAACACCACCACCACCUCAACACUCAGCGCACCAGUCAACACCACCACCACCUCAACACUUGAGUCCAGUGUUUGACAUUAAUAUGGGCUUCCCCUAUUCACAUGCCAGCGGUGGUGGAGAGCCUGGAGGUCACCUCCUCUUCAAGCCAACUUUCAGAGUUGGCCAUGAAACAGGGCCAAUUCCUUGCACACCGGCUCAGCUACAUGGCCUAUUACUUUUGGAAAACCUAAAGCAGCAGGUUGCCCAACUCGCCACCACCGUGAACCUGCUAAUGGCCAAGGUCAAUAACGGCCUCCAACCAGCAGCCUUUGAGUGGUCCGGGGAAUUUCAUUUCCCCCUGGAAUCAGAUGCAGAGCUGGACCGCUUUGAGACCUGGCUGGCGGACCCUGCCAACGAUAGGCAGAAACAUGCCCUUGUGAAUACCCUGUCUGCUGUCGGGGUGUAG